AUGUGUGCAGAAAGUGUGACGCGUAUGACGGGCGCCAGCGUGGCAGAGCGUGAGCUAAAGGCGGCGUUGGGAGCGCUGGGCGCACGGCGCUCGCGCAAGGACAUAUCCGAGUCGGAGACUGCGUCGGCGCAAGAGUCGGCGUCCGCGAACACCGCGAACGCUGCCAACGCCGCGAAUGCCGUGAACGCCGCUAAGGCCGCGCCGGUCGCGCCUAACAGCGGUGUUCAGCUACCCUCCUUUGCUCCCUCCGCUGUCUCUCCGGACACAAACAAGCAGUGGAACGAUUUUAUCGCCGCAAACAAUUCACAGCGGCUGCAAAUUUAUAUAUAUAAUGUUACUUUUUUAGCUCUAAUAUUAAACUGUUUGCAAAGAUAUGACUAUAGAGAUAUUUCAGUGACCAACAAUUCGACUUUGGACAUCAUCUCAAAAAACACAAUUGCGUUCGGCAGUUUUACACCACUCAUAGCAAACAAACCGCUAGCAGGAUAUCAUUUUCAUGUUUUUGUGAUCAAUUAA